AUGAACCGUUGGACACGGAAGGACUCGCCACUUGCUGGGAUACCUUUGGGAGCAACAUCACUCCACAUUUCCAGCUACUUCAAGCACCACGGCGUCUUGCGCCUGCUGAUUUCUGCAAGGGCGAAGGUGGAAGCUGGUCUUCAUCCAGCUCUGUCGGCAGCAGCUAUAGGCAACAAUCCUGAGGGUAUCCGUCUGCUCUAUGCCGCCGGCGGUCGGCUUGAUCGGCGCAACCUUUUCGGAGAUGCCGCCUUCGAGUACGCCGCGUCCAUGGCUGCGCUUGAUGCGUUGGAGGAGCUUGCUAUGCUAGCACGAUUGAGGUCUGAGCCAGUGGAUGUGGCAGCGUCCAAAGCACUUUAUCUGGUGUCAGCACAUCGAGGAGCAAGUGCGGAGGCCGUCCAUCGGCUUCUGCAGCUGAGGGCUGAUGUGAAUGUCGCGUAUACUGCAGAUAUGAGGACCGUGCCAGCGAAGACGGUGCUUGCAGCCCUGCAGCUCAAGCACCGAUAUGGCCAACGGACCAUGAUGAGCAGAUGGGCUUAUCAUCACGAUCGUCAGACGCCACUGAUGGCAGCCAUCAUGUCCGGCCAGUACGAGGGAGCUGCUGCACUCAUCGCAGCUGGUGCGCGCCUGGAUCUACGCGACUCGCGCAACUGGACUGCUGCAGACUUCGCGCAAGGUCAUGCAGUGCCUGACUUCUUAGUGGAGGCCUUUGAAGGGCGACUUGAUGGCUGCAGGAGAGUCGCUGCAAUUGCAUAUGCCAAUUCGCUCCUGGAGCUCUAG